AUGACUGAAGCCAAGACGUCCAAAAACUGGCGUUCAGGCCUCAAUGUUGCUGAUUGUAACAGAUACAUGCUUGAAAACGAGAUCCAUUGUGAUGUCUCAUUUAGAGUAGGAAAAGAAGAAAAGCUUGUAGGCGCUCAUAAAUAUGUUCUAGCGAGCAGAAGCCCUGUGUUUGACGCUAUGUUGUAUGGUGACCUGGCGGAAGCUAAGGAAAUUAAAAUUCCUGACAUUGAGCCAUCUGCAUUCCAUGUUCUUUUACGAUUUCUGUAUUGCGGUGAUGUUGAUGUUACUGAGGACACAGUUAUCGGGGCCUUGUACGGUGCUGAUAAAUAUGAUGCAGAUGAAUUGAAAAAAGCCGCGCAAUCAUAUUUAGAUCAAAAUAUUACAACCGAAACUGUCUGUACAAUCCUUGAACCUGCAAAGUUAUUCAACUUUGAAAAUCUGAAGGAAAAAUGUAUGGAUUUCAUUGAACAAAACUGUGAGUCUGUAUUUCAGACGCCAUCUGCUUUAGGACUAAUGAAAGAAACCCUCAGCGAAAUAGUCUCAUCCGAUAAACUAAAUAUAGAGGAACUGGAAAUUUAUCACUUUCUUAUAAAAUGGGCUGAAAAUCAAUGCGAAAAGAAACAUAUUGAGAAGUCUGAUGAAAAUACCAGAAAAGAGAUAGGUGAUAUCAUAUAUCAAGUGCGUUUUCAUUCAUUAACUUUAGAAAUUUUUGCAAAAGAUGUUUGCAAACGGCAAAUACUUACUCCGGAAGAGAUGAUAUAUUUGCAGCAAAUUAUUGUUGGUAAUCUACCCGAAGGAAAAACAGAAUUCAAUCUUGGGGUCAGGGGAUAUACAUGUAAAACCUUUACGGUUUUUCGUGGCAGUGGGCCGAGAAAUGGUUGGGAUUAUACAGGUACCGAGGACAGUUUAGAAUUUACCGUGAACAGAAAAGUUAAACUUCAUGGUUUUAUGAUGUGGGGAGGAAUGUCAGUUCCAUAUACUUACACGGUUGAGGGAAAAUUGCUGGAAAACUCGAUUGUCUCAGACCUACCUUCUCAGACAUUUCAUUCUUCGGAUUUUCAGUUUGGUGUUAAAUUCAGGAAUCCAGUGGUUUUGUAUCCUAAAAAAAGAUACAGAGUUUGGGUUAAAUUACAGGGACCAACAAGCUGGUAUGGUCAAAAUUACAAACAAACCGUCAACGAACAGGGUGUCCGGAUAGAUUUUUAUACUCAUAACGGGAAUAAUAAUGGGACAACAGAAUCUUCAGGACAGUUUCCGGGAUUUAUCCUAUCAUUGUAA